UGCUGGCCGUAUUGCAUCUGUGCCUCUCAGUGCAGCUGUUGAUGGAUUUAAGUCACAUCUGGUCUUCAAAGAGAUUGAAAAGAAGCUCCAAGAGGAAGGAGAGCAAUUCGUCAAGAAAAUUGGUGGAGUCUUUGCCUUCAAAAUAAAAGACGGUCCUGGUGGGAAAGAAGCAACUUGGGUAGUAGAUGUGAAAAAUGGUAAAGGCUCAGUGGCAGUUAAUUCAGAUAAGAAGGCAGAUUGCACAAUUACAAUGGCCGACGCCGAUCUCUUAGCUCUCAUGACUGGCAAAAUGAAUCCUCAGACAGCAUUUUUUCAAGGCAAAUUGAAGAUUUCUGGGAACAUGGGCAUGGCAAUGAAACUUCAGAAUCUACAACUUCAGCCAGGCAAAGCUAAACUUUGAGGUCAUUAGAGUAAACAGUCAGUACUUAAUGUUCUUGACAAAAAAAAGUAGAAUGAAAGUAGACAUUAUUAAUAAUAAUAAGGUGCGGGCUGGGUUUGAUUGAACCUCUCUCACCUAAACUCUGUGGUUAGAGACCUUAAUUCUUUUAAUAAAUUCCAUCAAUUUCUCUAUGGCAAAGAUUUUGUAAGCUAAGCUUGAGGCACUAACUCUUACAAAUGGUAUAUGGUGGAUAUUUGUGACAAUUUUUGUUUUAAUCAAUAUGACAAAU